UUUCUGCUGUGGGAUUCUGCAAGCCUUAUAUACCAGAUCUGAAUCUUGCGCUGAUGCUAGUGGUCGCCCGCCUCUGCCUCUGAACUCUCGCCUCUGAUCUCUUGCCACCCAGUUUCUCGUCAGGUAAAGAGAAAAACAUCAACAGCCAAGAUGUCUGAGAAAAAGAUGACAUCGAGUCGCAAGCAUCAUCUGAAGAGCUUGAUGCUUCAGAUUGCUGCAUCGCGGCUUGACCAAGAGGCAGCUGAUGCAGCAGCAGCCAAGGAGGCCUACCUGAAUGACAACUGCCCCCCCCUGGACCUCCCCAGCAGCAUAGAGGACCUUCAGAAACUGUGCAAAGAACUCCAUCAGAAGAUUGACAAAGUGGAUGAAGAGAGAUAUGAUGCAGAUGCCAAGGUCACAAAGGGGACAAAGGAGGUUGAAGAGCUGAAGUUCAAGGUAACAGAGAUGAAGGGCAUGAAGAAGCCAGCUCUGAAGAAAGUACGUUUGUCUGCCGAUCAGAUGCUUCAGGCUCUGCUGGGCUCAAAGCACAAGGUUACCAUGGACUUGAGGUCCAACCUGAAGCAGGUGAAGAAGGAGGUCAAGCAGGAGGCUGCAGCUGCUGGUGAUUGGCGCCAGAACGUUGAGGACAAGAAGGACAGAAAGAAGAUGUUUGAGGGCGCUGAGGCGUAAAUUUAAGAGAGCGUGUCCCCUAGAAGUUGAUUUCCACCUCAAAAAUAUUGUAAACAUGGACAGAAGAAGAUGGAUUGAACAGGCAGCAAGAAGAUGGAUUGAGGCCAUUUAUACUUUUGCUUCAUGUCUUUUUAUGUUCCCUACAGAAACAGAACAGAAACAAAUGCCUUUGUUUAUCAAAAUACAGUACUUGUUACACUUACAGACUAUGUUCAUUAAACAAUGUGUUUUAAAGUACCUACUGUUUUGGGUUUUUUAUGCAGAAUGUUUUUGCUGACACAUAUUUGGCAUUCAGCUUCAAAGCUGAUUUAUUCCACCCACAAGGUGGUGACAGAGCUCGCAGUCUUACCCCCCCCCCCCCCUCUUUCUCACACACAUGCAGAGACACAAGCACGCAUGCCGUAAACACAUUAUUUUUUGUCACUCUCUCUCUCUCCCUGUCAUGCUCUAGCAGUCUAACUAAGGGAGAAGUUUUGUUCGGAUGUAGUUUAAAUAUUGCUUUAUAUUAAUUAAAUACAUUGUAUCAAUCUCCUGCUUAUUUACAAUGUGUAAACAUUGUGGCAUGUAGAUUCUAAUGUAAAAGCAUGUGACUUGUUUUUGAGCAAACUUGGUCGUGAGGUUGUCUCCUAACAGAGCCAAAGAGGAUGGGUGAGACCAGCAGUAGAAAAGCAAAGACAUGGGGAUGAGGUCAGAGAGGGAGCAAACAUAGAACAGCAACCUGAAGAACUCACCCCCCGGAGAACAGCAGAGCUGCUGUGGGUGGGUGCUGCCAGGAGAGGCAUGACCAUAAAGAGGAAAGGAUCUUUUCUGGUGUCGGAUGCUGCCAGCCUUAUAUACCAGAUCUAAGGAUUGCAUCGAUGCUAGUGGUUGCCCGCCUCUACCCUUGAACUCUCACACCACCCAGUGCUAUUUGUCCACGUUUCUCGUCAGGUAAAGAGAAAAACAUCAACAGCCAAGAUGUCUGAG